CAGCCACAGUGCACUUUACUGCGCAACUCCAAUGGCAGUCCCAGAAGAAAACAUGGCUGACUUGGCCUGAAAAAAAAAACGUAAUGACACCGGUAAAAUUCUGAAAAAUAGGAGCUCUAACCUUGAGUUGUCGGGCUAAUUGGUCGAUGUCGCAGCAGCAGGGUGGUAUCUUGUAGCCCCGGGCCACAUUUUUGGCGAACAAACGGCUAAAGAAACUCUCGAAAAACAAAAAUGGAGACGGAGAAUACCACGUCGGAAGUUUCGGAACUGGAGUCGACUUUUUCUGUGGAGAAACAGAAACGGAUCUUCAAGAUUAUUGUGAUCGGAGACUCGAACGUCGGCAAGACUUGCCUGACGUUUAGAUUCUGUGGUGGGAAGUUUCCUGAUAAAACAGAGGCCACCAUAGGGGUGGACUUUCGGGAGAGGACACUGGAGAUCGACACAGAAACGAUAAAGCUACAGCUAUGGGACACUGCCGGUCAGGAGCGCUUCAGGAAGAGCAUGGUCCAGCACUACUACAGGAACGUGCACGCCGUUGUGUUCGUCUACGACAUGACCAAACUGGCGUCCUUUGAGAACAUGCCCGCGUGGAUCGACGAGUGCGACCGCCACUCCCUGUCGGCCGACGUGCCCCGCAUCCUCGUGGGAAACAAGUGCGACGAGAAGGACAAGAUCCAGGUCAGCACGAACUUGGCGCAGAAGUUCGCUGACAUGCACUGCAUGCCGCUCUUCGAGACGUCCGCGAAGGACGACUCAGAAGCAGACAACGUGGAAGCCAUUUUCAUGACUCUGGCGCACAAGCUGAAGGCCCACAAACAGAUGAUGAACAAGGCUCUACCGCGGUACAAUUCCACAGACAUGAAAAGAGCCAAAGUCAUCUCCAUCGGGAGGGAGAAGAGCGGCUCCAGUAGUGACUGUGCCUGCUGAUGGGCAGGAUACGGAUCUGGAUUUAUGCCAGAACUUGACAACUUUUAACCACUUGUAUAAAGCUUUGGGGAACUUGGAGCAAUGGAAAUGUCAGCAGCAAAGCCAGUAGUAAUUCUUUAAGACUUGACUAAGACGUAGGAAACCGGCCUGACAGGGAAGUCGUAGCAAUGACUAAGUAGUCUGUAUGUGUGUGACUGUACAUUUGUGUGUGUGUGUGAAGGAGGGUUUCUUUACAUGUGACAGACCUUCAAGCCUUAGACCAUCCAUGUUUGUUCUGUUUAUUUUCAAACUAGUGCUGCUGCCUCUUGUCUGCUGUUACCUGCUACGCUGUAAAGCUUGUAUCUCACUGGGCCGCCUCUGUUGGUGAGUAUUUAAAAUUGGACAUAACUUGGCAAAAAAAAGUUGCCACAAUACUUACAUGUAUUUGUCCCAAUCAGGCUCGGCCCAGUGGAAUACAUGCUUGAGGUUUUUAACUGACACUUGGCCAGGUUUAACACUUUUAAAGUACUAGAAGUGGUCCCGGCUGAGCCUUCCACUGGGUUAGGGGUAACAUUUUGUGCGCGUGAAAAAAAUCAUGCUGUUGCGACAAAUCACGCUGUUGUGAGUACCAUCUGCUGCUGGUGUGUCUACCGUAUUUUCUCGAAUUAAAGUAGUACACAUGCCCCUGAUUUCAGGCAAGACUCAUACAAAUAUGGGACUAAAAAGGAAAAUGGAAAACCUGAAAUCAAGCACACAUUCCUUCUUCACAAAUGAUUCUUGAACACAUUUCAAAGAAUUUCAAAUUCAUUCAAAACACAAAAUUCAAAUUUAUGAUGUCUUCUUGUUUUCCUCUCUCAUUUUGCAUAAAUCAUGGACUAUAUUCUGGCAUUGUCUCUACAAACUUAUGAAUUGUCUAUCUAGUCACCAAGUCACAAUGAAAACAAUUUGACUGUACAGUUUUGCAUCCUUCCUAGAACUGUUGCACUACCUUGCUCUAUUUGAGGUCAUUUCUCCACUUAUCCCUGCAAUAACUUCAAAUAAAUUGCACCCCAAACUUUAGCAAUAACUUGCAGAAAUUUUCGGAUUUUUUAGAAGUUUAAAAGUGCUACUUUAUGCAAGAAAAUACGGUAUCUGGAAGAACCGAUGUAGAAGUGAAACCCAGAGUGAUCUUACAAUUUGGAACUUGCUAAUCAUUGAUAUUAAUAUGUAGAGAGGGAGAAAUGUUAAGUUACUUGUGUUGUAUAUUUAUAUAUCAUCUGCAAAAGAUGCUUUAAGUAUCAGCCAGUAUAUAGUCAUUUAUGUGUAGGAAAUGAAUUGUUUCUAUUGGUAAGUGGACAAUGUGUACAUACAGAUUUGGAAGUAACUCGAUAAUCAUUGUAUUCUUGUGGAUUGUGUUAAAA